AUGUCUCACGAUGGUUCGGAUUCCACAAUACAAAGGUUUCUGAACACAACAUUUUCUUCUGUUGAUGAUCUUGGUCAUAUUGAUCACUUGAUCUCUGAAAUCGAGCAGGCUAGAUCGACUCUAAGGCAAAAGGCCGAAAGUCAUCAGGAGGACAAAGAAGAUGAUGCGAAGGUGAGUCAGAUUCUUGACCAAUUGAAUAAACUGGUGGAUACGGACGAUAUCAGUGGAUUGGAUAGUUUAAUUUCUCGAUAUGGUGAGAUAGAAAUGUUUCUUGUGGUAAAAGGGAAGAUGGUAGAAAAGCUGAAACUUGAGGAGGCCAAGAAAGCUCAUAAGUUGUAUGUCGAAUUGAGCGGAAAGCUCAAUAAUUUUGAGUUGUUUGAUUUGGCGGAUGAUUCUGAGAAGAGUGACGGUGAUAAAUUGGCGAAAUUGAAGGAGUUGUAUGCUGAAGUAGCCGAAUUUAUCAAGACAAAUGCCGGAAAAAAAGACUUACCCGACUAUUCAAGCUUCUUAAACCAGAAAUUGAGCGCCAUAAUUCUAGAGAACUUUAAAGAAAUGGCCGAAAAAUCGCUCAAGGAAAGCUUGAGUGACUAUGAUACUGAAAAGAAGAAGUUUAGCACCAAUGAAAUGAAGCUAAUGAACACUAAUUUUGCAUCUCUUCUCGAACUUCAAUCAUUGGAUCCUAUAUACGCUGAUCCACAUUACCCUUCUACUUUCUGGGCAAUGGACUGUCUUUGUGGCCGAUUUAAGAUUAGUUUCAUCUAUCAUUUUGAGGGUAAAAGUGAGACCAAUCGUCUUGACAAACCAGAGUAUGCUUUAGAUUAUAUCUUGGGGUAUUUGCAAAAGACUUUACCCCUUAUCAGGAUGCUUUUUGACGAAACCUUUCUUUGCUAUCACCCGAAGAAAUCUAUAGACGAUGCAUUCAUUACCUCAUUGUUAGCUAGUGCCCGUGAGAAGUUCCAGCAUGACAGGAAUCUUUGCUUAGUCAACAAAAAGCUUCUCAGUCAUCUUAUCUCUGAACUUCAGAAGUUUGACCGCACAUUGCUUGAAGACUUUAACUAUAAGCCGGUUGGUAAAAUUGAAAAAUGGUCCGGAUUAACCUACGAUCUCAUCCUAUCUGAUUCCUCCGUAUUUGAUAGGUGGCUCAAUAAUGAAAAGGAGUUUGUGAACAGCAGAUACGAUGAGAUCAUCAAUGCAAAGGAUGCAUUUAUUAUUGAUUACGAUUUCGUGGAGCUUGGGCAUACUCAACCCACCAAGUCGGCUAUCAGCAUGUCAAAUCUACUUGAUGGUAUUACAUCCAACUACGAGAACCUCCCACUUGAAUAUCAGCUGAAGUUUUUGAGUGAUGUUCAACUAAAGCUCUUGAAUUUCUACUAUACUGUCCUUAAACAGGGAGUGAAGGCUUUGGACAGUGUGGCGAGAAACGAUGAAGUGAGCUUUACUGAAAGACUCUGCAGGAUUUGGUGCUCUGCUCAGUACAUGGUUGAACUUAUGUCUAGAUGGGGGGAACGACUUUUUUUUAUAGAGUUGUGGAACUCUAUAAAUCCGGAUAAUGACUGUCAAAACACCUUUUUUGAUUCUGUGAUAGCUGGAUACAGAAGGGAUAUCCUUGACCAGCUACCUAAGAAACUUAAACAAAACGAGGAGAGACGGAUCAACAAGUCGAUGAAGGAUUACUUCCAGAACUACAUUUCUUGGAGAAACGUCAGGAGUAUUAAUUCACAUCCUGUAGAGUUGGAACUUCCUAUUCAUACGCUUUCAAACGAUCUUGAAUUCUUAAGGAAAACUGUCUCUGGGUCUACGUUCUACGCUAUAAAGCUCUACUUUUCAGAGGUGAUCUCCGAGUAUUUUAUCAAGAAUUUUAUCUCCUGCAAUACCUUUAAUCCAUUGGGAGCAGCACAACUUCGGAAACACGUUGAUAUGUUCUACGAGUCUUUACAAUUGACUAGAGAUUAUGAACAUUACGAUAGACUCUGUGAAAUGAUAGAUGUGUUUGGAUCCACUGAUAUUGAUCCACAAAACUUCAAGAUCCUUUCAGAACAGGAGGUGGACGAUUUGAUUCGUCGCAGAUCCAGAGACUAG